AUGGGCACAGACCCGGAUCGGCCAGGGUUUUGGGAUUCAGCCUUUAUCACGCUGGCGUUGUUGGCCGUCCUCGGUGUCUUCGCUUCAGUCUUCGGACUCAUUUUCCGGAUGCUACGGGAGUGGAACUACGUGUUGCGGGGCUUAUUUUUUGUCGCCAUCAACUUCUGCGUAUUCUGGGUGUUCCCUCCCCUCGGAUGGGUUCUUGUUGCCGUGUUCACAUACAACGAGUUCUUCUACCCCUUCAAUCUACCAGAAAGGGACUCUCGGUAUGGGUUUGAGAUUCUGUGA